CCUCCUUGCUGGAAUAUGGAAAAGCUCACUGUAGUUCUUUUGUAUCCUCAGAUGAAUACAAGAGUUUUCUGAAGAGACUCCCAGCUGAUCGCUUUUUAAACACAUCGGUGAUACUGCAGUACUGGACUGCAGAUUCCAGCCUGCAGCAUCGCUAUGGACAGCUGGAUGCAAGCACCAAGCAACUACUGGGGAAAGCCCAAAGGAUUGUACGAAAGCUCUUUACUCUUAGCAAACGCUGCCCAAAACAACCAAAGAUUAGCCUCCCUAGGGAAAGGCCCAUAAGCUUUUGGUUGAAUCGUGCCCAGUCUGUCCUGUACUGCACUGAGCACAGUGCUCCAGGAACCUUUUCUGAAGAAGCACACAGUUGUACAUGUGCCUUUGAGCACUUGGUCUGCCAGGGGACCGUUCCCUGCUUAGUGGCAGAAGGAGCAGCUUGUGCCUCCUGCGCGCCUGACAACAUCACUCGCUGCAACAGCUGCCACCCCGGCUAUGUGCUGCAUCAGGGUACCUGCAGACCAGCUGUCGCAGGUUCUCUGGAUCACUAUGUCAAUUUCGACACAGAUGUGCCAGAUGCAGAAGCGAAGUAUCUCCUGCAGCACCUGGACAGCAGGAUGGAGAUCCAUGCCAUCUAUAUCAGCAGCGAUGUCCGUCUUGGCACCUGGUUCAACCCAUCCUGGCGAAAGCGCAUGCUGCUCACCCUGAAGAGCAACAAAAACAAGUCCAACCUGAUCCACAUACUCCUAGGUAUUUCCUUUCAGAUCUGCUCCACCCAGAACAGCACCCUGGAACCGGUGCCCGCUAUCUACGUCAAUCCCUUCGGAGGCAGUCAUUCUGAAAGCUGGUUCAUGCCGGUGAACCAACAGGAUUUCCCAGACUGGGAAAGAACUAAACUGGAUCCGUCACUUCAGUGUUACAACUGGACUUUAUUACUGGGCAGCAAGUGGAAAUCCUUUUUCGAAACUGUUCAUAUUUAUCUGCGGAGCCGCAUAAGGUCUGAUGACCCCAACAGCAAUGAAACCAUCUUCUACGAGCCCUUAGACCCUGAUGACCGCUCGUCCAACCUGGGUUACAUGAAGAUAAAUAGCUUCAGAGUUUUUGGGUAUAGCAUGCACUUUGACCCAGAAGGGAUAAAAGACUUAAUCCUGCAACUUGACUAUCCCUACACUCAGGGAUCUCAGGACUCAGCACUCCUUAUGCUGUUGGAGAUGCGAGACAGGAUCAACAGACUCUCCCCACCAGGCCAGCAACGCCUGGACCUCUUUUCUUGCCUGUUGCGUCACAGGCUGAAGCUCUCGACCAGCGAGGUGGUUAGAAUUCGAGACUCUCUACAGAUGUUUAGCUCUAAGCUGCCCAAUUCCUCUGACCCGGAACUGGGCCAGCUGUGCAGCUAGCCCCCAUAACAUCUUUUUGCUGUGGCCUGCAAUUUUGAAACAAAAAAGGUCUCGUGUUUGUUUUGUGGCACAUGUUAAAUAGUUGCAAGGUGUGUGUAUAUUUACACAGAAUAGACCAUUGAGCAUGCAUGCUCUGUUUAAUGGCAACCCAUCAUUGGGUUGAUGGGUACAAGGAGUAUGAUGGACUCAGUAUUCAACAGAAAAGAUCCUUAAUGUCAGCACAUGAGAUGGGAGCUUAUUUAGAUAUUUUUUUAAAGCACAGCUUUUUUCAGUAAACUCAGUGAAGUAGGUCAAACCAUUUAGAUAAUAUCUGUACAAAAGCAACGAACUAUGUUCCAAUCAGAAGUUCACCUACAAAAGGACUUCAUUAAGUGUGGAAGAAAAAACUACAAAAAAGACAUUUUCAGGCAUUUAUUUUUAUGAGAGAUUUCAUUGCAGUGGAUGUUAUGAUGAAGGAGAAUAGAGAAUGAAUCCCAGGUCUGAUUAUUAUAUUAUGAACCUUAAAUGUCCCAUGUGAUACAUAUGUCUUUUAAAAUUCUCUGCUUUCUUGCUUUCUCUACAGUGAAUCUUCAUGUAUGAAGAUAUUGGUUGUUGUGUUUUUUUAAAGAUCUCUUCAGUGAGGAUCUUCUUUCUAUCAGAUAACCUUCUCAACUAAAAAGAGAGAGUUAUUUUGUUUGUUUUCUUUUAGAUAUUUUUGUGUUGUUCAGGUAUGUGUGGCGAACCAUAGAAGAUAAUGUGACUUUGAGCAGAUGCUAGGAGCUCAACCAUUUUUACAGCUCCUAGGAGACAGUGGUGAUUACCUAGGCUAGACACAUUUCACACUACCCUUCAGACCACAGAGUAUGAUUCACAAAACUCUUCAUUGUAAAUAUCUUCUUGGAAAUCUUAAAUUAUGUUUUGUUUUUAAAGGCUAAUUAUAGGAUUUGAACAACUGCAAAUGCCAAAAAACAAUUAGUCUGAAUAAAAGUCUAAUGCCUUACUAAUAGGAAUCUUUGUCCUGGUAGUUAAGCACACUUAGUAGUCUGUUUAAAUUUGUUAUGUUCAUUCUCAUAUACUAGAGAAUUGAAGAUAUCACAUCAAUAUAUUCCUUAAAAACAACACUUACUUAAAAAAGUACUAAGUGUUAUCAAUCUCAUUACUCUGAUAAUGGAUAACUCUUUCACUUUCACCUCUACAAUAAUAACAGAAGAACUGUUAAGAAGAAGCUAUUUAGCACAUCUAGCAUGUUUGGUUGUAACUAGGUAAUUAAUCUGUAUGUCACUCACAUUUGUGAUCACAAGAGCAUACAAAACUUACUAAAAUUUGAAUUCCUAAAGAGAGUGGUAUUUAAAGCUUGGGAAUAGAGAUAUAGUUAUUUCCCGAAGAAUGAAAUUGCUCGCUAGGACUAUUCAGAAAUAGGGUUCGGAGAUUUACCCAGACAAUUUCCUGUGAAUUAAAAUAUCAAAAGCUUCUUACAAAUGAUUAUUGUGGUUAUGAUCCUUACAUUUUACACAUAUACUAUAAGAACCUUUGAGAAGAUAACUCUAAGUAAUCCUCUUCUGACAAACUCCUUUCAAUCCUAAAAUGGGGGAAAUAUCUGUUUUUUUUGCAAUACAGCAACCAGCCAUGUCUUCUUCAAAUCACAUACAUACAACAUACAUAAAAAUAUGGUUGUGUGUUUUUAAGAGUUGUGAAUCUCAAUGUAAUCAAUGGAGUGGAACAGCAGUAAUAUUUAUUUCAGCCAAAAAUAAACAGCAUUUCUACAAUCGUUUGUUAACAGUAUUUUAAACUUUUUUUAACCUUAAAUGAAAUACAAAUGAAGUCUGGAAUAGUUUUUAUGUAUUCCAGAAGUGUUCAUAAUAUAAAGAAGCAAAAUUCUCAAGGUAAAAAACUGUUUUCUUACAAUUUCUGCAAAAGUAUAUGAAGAAAUGCUCCAGACUUAAUAUUCACCGUUGUCUGAUAUACUUUUCUCACUGUACAGCUAUAUUAGUGGGGAAGCUCCUGACUAUAUUCAUGAGAUGGGCAUCAUAUCCAGUUUAUAAAUACAGGUUGUUUGUCUUAAUGUCACUUAUGAAUCAUUGCUUGCCCUUCAACUAAUCAUCACUGCACUGAAGGACACCUAAUCACUCACAGAAUGCCUGUUAGGCUGAGUUAUCUUGUCUGUCUCAUGAGAAAUGAAGAAAAGAUUUUUGAAAGAUUUUUCUUUUUUUAAUGAUUUAUGAAGUUUAAGGAAUAUCAGCAGCGAGAAUGUAUACUAAUUACAAAAUUAUUGUCAUAAGCUAAAUACCUGUUUCUCAUGUUUCUAUAUAUUCACAUUUGAUUCUUUUUUAUUCUAAAAUAUUUUAGACAGUCAUUUUACAAUUGCUUGUUUCAUAUAUCUCCCCAUAAUGUCUGCCUGAUCUGGAAUGCUGUGUGAGCCUUCAUUAAAACCACCCACAUAACAGGGUCUGUACAUUUAUACACUCUGUAAAACAUCCUGACUGGUGUGGGAAUCUGGAGAAACUCAUGUCUGAAAACUUUCUGACAACACCUUGCUCCAAUGUACAAUUUGCUGUAGUUCUUCAAUCUCCAAAUAAAAAAAGAGGCAUAAUUCA